CCUGGAAAACAGAAUCAGUACAGUACAACAAGAUGUCAAGGAUCAGCUGACGUUAGAAGAGCGGUGUGUUCAAAACCUGUGGGUAAAGUGCAUCAAAUAUCUCCAGAUAAAUCCUUAUCUCCUUCCAGGUGUUUAUGACAAGGACAGUGAUAUAUGAACAGGUAACCUUUGUGUUUCCAAGUGUUCCUCACUGCUGUCUCAGGAUGUUCAAGUUCGUGCUGCUGUUCCUGACGCUGUCGGGCCUCCAGGCUCUUCCACUUGCAGGAAGGUUGCAGAAGACCUCUUCCACCUACCAGCUCCCCAAUGGCUUUCGACAGGGAACCGAAUUCUUUGACAUGCGUGAACCAGUUUCUGACUUCCGACAAGGUACCGAGCCCUCCAGGAGAUUCAUUGUGGACCUGAACACUGGUCUGCUGCAGGAACACCUCAGUGAGAUGGAAAGGAGAGCCACUCUCAUCCGUCCUCUAUUAAAAGGAUUUGAGGAGAUGGAGGGAAGACACCUGCUGACUAAUGAGGUCCCUGAACAUGUUCCAGCCCAGAAGAACGGUGGUGGUGGUUGGGUCCGGGUGGAGCAACCCUCUGCUCCUCAUCUCCCAGAAGGUUUUAGGCAGGGAACCGAGCCCAUGAUGUCAAUCCCAGAGGGUUUCAGACAGGGAACCGAGCCCAUAAUGUCAAUCCCAGAGGGUUUCAGACAGGGAACCGAGCCCAUGAUGUCAAUCCCAGAGGGUUUCAGACAGGGGACCGAGCCCAUGAUGUCAAUCCCAGAGGGUUUCAGACAGGGGACCGAGCCCAUGAUGUCAAUCCCAGAGGGUUUCAGACAGGGAACCGAACCCUUGAUGUCAAUCCCAGUGGGUUUCAGACAGGGAACCAAGCCCAUGAUGUCCAUCCCAGAUGGUUUCAGACAGGGAACCGAACCCAUGAUGUCCAUCCCAGUUGGUUUCAGACAGGGAACCGAACCCAUGAUGUCAAUCCCAGAUGGUUUCAGACAGGGAACCGAGCCCAUGAUGUCAAUCCCAGAUGGUUUCAGACAGGGAACCGAGCCCAUGGUGUCCAUCCCAGAGGGCUUUAGACAGGGAACCGAGCCCAUGAUGUCAAUCCCAGAUGGUUUCAGACAGGGAAUCGAGCCCAUGGUGUCCAUCCCAGAGGGCUUUAGACAGGGAACCGAGCCCAUGAUGUCCAUCCCAGAUGGUUUCAGACAGGGAACCGAACCCAUGAUGUCCAUCCCAGAUGGUUUCAGACAGGGAACCGAACCCAUGAUGUCCAUCCCAGUUGGUUUCAGACAGGGAACCGAACCCAUGAUGUCCAUCCCAGAUGGUUUCAGACAGGGAACCGAGCCCAUGAUGUCCAUCCCAGAGGGCUUUAGACAGGGAACCGAGCCCAUGAUGUCCAUCCCAGAUGGUUUCAGACAGGGAACCGAGCCCAUGAUGUCAAUCCCAGAGGGCUUUAGACAGGGAACCGAGACCAUGAUGUCCAUCCCAGAGGGCUUUAGACAGGAAGCUAAAUCUAUGAUGUCAAUCCCAGAUGGUUUCAGACAGGGAACCGAGCCCAUGAUGUCCAUCCCAGAGGGCUUUAGACAGGGAACCGAGCCCAUGAUGUCCAUCCCAGAGGGCUUUAGACAGGGAACCGAGCCCAUGAUGUCAAUCCCAGAGGGCUUUAGACAGGGAACCGAGACCAUGAUGUCCAUCCCAGAGGGCUUUAGACAGGAAGCUAAAUCUAUGAUGUCAAUCCCAGAUGGUUUCAGACAGGGAACCGAGCCCAUGAUGUCAAUCCCAGAGGGCUUUAGACAGGGAACCGAGCCCAUGAUGUCAAUCCCAGAUGGUUUCAGACAGGGAACCGAACCCAUGAUGUCAAUCCCAGAUGAUUACAGACAGGGAACUGAUCUCUCCACCUCCGAGCUCCAGACAAAGACAGUGGCAUGUAAGGGGGAUAUCAUCAAUGGAAACUGCUAUGAGUUCAAUCCCACACGGCUGACCUUCCAAGAUGCACAGGCCAAAUGCAGAUCUCUCGCCCCAAACGCUGAGCUUGCAUCUGUAACCACCAGCGAUCUGCAUUCACGCCUGGUGUCUCUGGCGACCAACGGGGGCGAGAACAACCCGGUGUUGACGUGGCUAGGAGGCACGGUCAAGAACCAGAAGGCCUCAUGGGUAGACGGGUCGGACUGGAGCUACAGCGACUGGAUGCCGGGACACCCCAACAUCCACACUGAUAAACCAGUCUGCGUGGAGAUGUUCAGGAUAGAUGAGAGCUGGUGGACGGCGGCCGACUGUGACCUGAAGAGAGCGUCCAUCUGCUCAUACCAGAUCACUGCAUGAACACCGCAGAGAAACAACCAUCCUUAACAAUCUGACGGAUGAAUAUGUUUCCAUCGUCUGCAUCCUGUUGAUUAAAACAUGGCAUUUUA